CGCGCGUUGGCCUGGAGAAUUGAAGCGCGGAUCGGUCAAGCAUUUACUUACCUACGAAUACUCCAGGCUCAGGUACCUAGUUAGUUACUCAAAGUCCUCAACGCUACGCAAUAUCACCAUCUUCACUUACACCGACUCGUUCGUUCUCUUUGCGAUAAUAUACAAAUGCUUGCACUUUUUUGAGUCGCAGCAAAAUCCACUGUUCCAAUCUUAAUCUCCUUAAUAUUCGCAUGCGUUUUUAGUGGUUUCUCGGCCAAUUCCCUGCUGUCUAGAUCGCCAACGCUGCCUGGCAGCCAUGGCAUCUUCAGCCAAGGCCACCACCCUCGACGAACUUUCUCCCCGACCGCCAACUCCUCCUCGAGAAUCUUUUCCAGAUAAACUAGCUCCUAUGAAGGCUUCAGUCGGUCGUCCCAUCGACCCAAGACUGAGUCUUCAGACACCACCAGGCGCUAAUACACCAUCGUCGAACGGGGCAACCAACACCAAUUCAGGCUCAAGGCGGACAAGGAAGAAGGUCGAAUGGUCAAGCCAUACCGAAUAUCGAGAAGCGUCCAAGUUCUUCAGAUCGUCACCGAUUACGACCCCUUCUGCUUCAUCAAGGCCCGUGAAGGGUAUCCUGAAGCCGUCACCGUCUCCCAACCCUCUUGCUUCACCUCUCAAUGGCCAUCCCAACGGCCUAUCAAGCCAGAUUAGUAUCGCCGAAAUGUUGGACUCGACAAUAAAACAACUCGCCGGUUCCGACCGGGACUCGCGACUCGAUGCAUACAUGAUGCUCUCUCGUGCUCUCAAGGCUUCCAACAACCUACCAGACCGGGUUGCCCUACAAGACAAGAUGAGCUUAUUCAUGUCCUUUAUCGAACGAGAUGUCAAAUCCAAAAGAGAUGAAGGGUCUCCUGACUCUUCUCUCAUAUUCCAAGCCCUCAGUCUUCUAACAACCUUUUUGCAUUUUCCAGCCAUUGCUUCUUCUCUCACAUCAGACUUCGGCGUCUUCAUAAUCGACCAUUGCAUUCGAUGCUUCUCGGACCCAGGGAUCUCGAAGGACUUGGCACGCCACCUUAUGCAAGUCGUUGCUUUCCAGUCCUUCUCACCAAAAGUCAUGUCUUCCGAUCGAGUCGGUCGGUUAGUCACAUCGUUGCACAACAUCGAGGAUCAUUUGACUGGCAAGAGUAUCAUCAUGGGCCGUAUCCAGAUUUACAAGCGUCUUGUGAAGCAAUCUCGAAACCAUAUGGCUGUCCACACGGCCUGGCUAGAGGAUUUGUUUAACGAUAUGCUUACUCCGAUUCGAGACAUUCGAGCACAAGCAAUUCUUUUGGGCACGGAAGCUGGCUUUUCGCUGCGAAAUGAGAAGCCUGUGAUGCGCAAGGUGACCGAGAUUCUGCAGUCGACGGCGGACAAACAAAUCUAUAUUCAGUAUUACAUCCAGCGACUCGACACUAUGCUCAAAGAGAAACAACUCUUGUCAACUGUUCCACAGAUCUGGGGUGCUGUGACCCUUUUCCUGCAAUGCCCUCUCAGUCGAUGGCAACACUUUGCUCCAUGGUUCAAGAUUGCGCAGGACUCGUUCAACUGUACCGAUUUGCAGACUAAACUGGAAGCCAACUACGGCUGGAAUCGCUAUGUCUAUCUUUCAAUCACCAGCAACAAAUUGCCCCCAAAGUCUCUGGGUGUAAUGGCACAACCCCUAGCAAGCCAACUCCGGCGCAAAUUCAGUUCGAAGCAGUCAGAGGAAGCCAUGAAGCUUCGCAGAACAGUGAUGGGUGGUAUUUGCAACCUGUGUUACUAUGCCUUCCGGCCUAGUCAAGAUGUUACAUGGAUCGACGCUGCCUGGGAUACUAUCCUUGCACCUAUCACGCAACAACUAGUUCAGCUCGAUGCGCAAGCCGAGUUUUCUGCUGACUCCGUAACGCAAGCGACCCGAAUUGUGACCGGACUCCUCGACGUUUCGACCCCGAGAAGCUGGAAAGACGAAAGGAUCAAGGAUGUUGCCCCUAUAAGCCCUGAGGAGCUGCCUUCAAUCGACUCAAAAUGGGCUCGCCGGAAUUCGGAGAAGAUCUUUGGCCUUGUUGGACCAAUUCUGGAGAAGAAAUUCCACGACUUGGCUAAUACCGAAAGUUUAGCCUAUAGACUCUGGCAAGCCUUCGUUGGUUCUAUUGCUGUCGCCUCGGCAAAGGAUAUCAAGGUGACUGACGAGACAGCGAGAUUCAUCGCCCAAGCUUUCGAUUUGUUGUCCAAGGUGUGGUCAACCGGGCUGCCUGAAGGGUCUGAGUCUGCAGGCACAAAGUAUCUGUCGAGUGUCAGGCAUUAUGUCGAUGUCCUUGUUCGCAACCUUGGCCUGCUCCCCUUCACGGAGAAGAAGCUAUCCAUGUCUCUUGCUAAUACCUUUGAGCCUGCUUCAACUCCUAGCCGGAUUGAUCGCACUGACAAGUCAAACGGCACUGUUCAGACGCCGCUUUAUCACCUAUUUUCCAUACUUUGUUCCAAGCCACCAGGAUUGGCUGACGAUGAAGAUCUUGCCGAGUGCUUCUUAGCUGUUUUUGAUCCAUUCUUCCAAGGCAAAUCUUCAAAAGCUCGCGUAGAGCUGUCUAGAGAGAUGCUCCGACUCUUGCCGCGAGACGCUCUUUCACCAUACGGUCCAUGGGUUCUCGCUGCUCAGAACAUUCGUACUUUGCUAGAUCAAAACCCAUCGCCAUCCGGCUCGCUACCACCUAGCAGCGAGAGAUUACUUGGACCUGAAUACCGGGAGAUAGUAUCGCUUCUCGAACGAGGACUUGUUUCGCACCCUACGCUCCCUCAAGAACAAUGGUUCUCUCUUUUCAACUUGUUAUCUGACCACAUCGCUCAAGAGUCUGGAGAUUCAGGUCGCGCCCUUGGUCUUGUAGAGCCUCUUUCCAAGAUUGUUACAGACAACUUCUUCGAGGAUUCUGAAAGAUCAAACCAGAUGGCGCUGGCGGUAGCGAUUGCGCUAUUCAAAAUUGCCAAACUACCCCGAGAUCGUCAGGCUGUUGAGGCUGCUCGGCGACGACUCUGGGGUGCCCCUCCCACGGCUUCACGAUCCUCCUCAUUUGACCCGUUCCAGUAUCUUUACCAACUUCAAGGUCAGAGUAUGAAAUACUUCUACGAAAACGAGGCCGAAUGCAAUGAUCAAAAGAUGGCGGCCUAUUUUGAGGCUGUCAACGCUUUCAUUGUCGCAUCCUUUUCGCAAAAUGGCAUCAAAACUCUCCCCAAGUUGCAAACAGGACUCAGUCCAUGGAUCCAGGAUGAAAAAGCGCAUAAGUUAUUGCGCAGUGAUUCUCCUGUCUCUGGAUCUGUGCGGACUCUGUGGGAUAACAUUUGUGGCCAGCUAUUGACACUCGGUCGAUUGGAGGACAAGGUCCUCGACACAGUCGAGCCUCUUGUCGCUGCGGGUUUUAGAAGUAAACAUCGUCACGUCGUAAACAAGAUGGCAGAGACAUGGAACGCUCUAGUAAAGGACGAAGAGAGCCUGGACUGCUCUGAGAGCCUCAAGUCGAUUAUAGCUUCCUUACGGCCAAGAGUUGAUGUCUCAUUCCCUGGCAUGGAACAUUCCAGUGGCGAGUUCGGAGCCCAAGCGCAAACCUUUGUCGAUACACAGGAAGAUUUGAGCUUCGUCGCUCUAUCAUCUGCCAAGUCAUCGGGGCAAGGUGUUGAGCAAGCAGCCUCACCUGUACCAUCCAUAUCGAAGAUGAGUCUUAGGGGUGCGACGACUAGAAAGCGCCGCAGAGAUGCCACCCCUGAAUCUGCAAAGACAAAACCGGCUAAGCGAACAGCUACACCCCGUCUUCGCCAUGACAACUCUCAGAUCCAAUUUGCCCCAAUUGUCUCAUCACCAUUGCUUGAGGAGUCCCAACAUCUUACUGAAAGGCAGAGGGAAGUCCGUGAGCGACAAGAAGAAAAUGCCGCCCUGUAUCCCGGUAUCCGAUCGAGCCCACGGACUCGAGCAAAGGCUGCGAUCGAGGAGAGCUCCAAGGAUGCUGAGAUACAUAAACCCAGCAGACUCGAAACUACCCCUGAACGCGCAGCUUCCUACGAUGAGUUCAUCAAUCUGACACCCACUCCUCGACGUGGCCAAGCUCUUCAUCUCGAGGGCUUGAACGACCCACCUUCAUCACCACCGGACCCGAGACGCAACCCUCUGUUAUCUGAAAUACAAACCCGAUCAAAGGCUAGAGACUCGAUCGUCAACUGGCAGUUUUCUUCGCCACCUGGUUCACCUUCCAUCAGUCAACAGACUAAUGAAGACCAAGCUGAGGUGGAGACUCCUUCUGCUAAGAACAAGACCUCUGGUAAGAACACACGGUCUAAGCGACGCAGGAGGAGGGCAGAAUCAUCAAAGAAGGAGGAGGUCAUUCCCUCAAGUCUUGGUAGUCAGGAGGUGGUGGCCGAAGACGCGGAGGUACUACCAGAUGCGCCACCCAGCCAAGAUGUGGAAGAGAUCAAAGAGGAACAUAUCGAACCGCCUGCCCUCAGCCAGCUGGAAAGCCCUCAACGAACAGCCCCGCCUCCAGCACAGGUUCUGGAAACACCAAAGUCUGCAGACGACGAAUUUGUGGAUGCCAGGAGCAGCCCUGCAAAGGCCGUUGAUGACCAGGCUGUUGAAAGCGGGUCUAAGGUGGCUAACAGCCAGAAUCAAGACUCAUCUUUCGCGCUCAGUGAAGGCGAUGAAAGCAGCCUCGUGAGAUUUGUGGUGGAACUCGAAUCUAGAAGAUGCCAUCUUCCAUUUGACAAGUACAACUCAGUUUCUGUUUCCCCUGAGAAGAAAAAGAACGACGCAUCUCCCGAAAAAUGCAUAGAGGUCCAAGGAGACAAUUCUGCCGACGAAGAACAGAAUGACACUAAGGAGCCUUCGCCAUCUAGUGUUGUUCCCUCUACGCCUGUUGAAUCAAGCCAAGAGAAGAAUGAAAGCCAAAACACAAACCAAACUAGUAGCAAGAGGAAGAGAAAGCGAAGCGCCGUGUAUGCAGAGACACGUCGCAAAAAGAGACGGUCGGCCGACCCAUCAGGACAAGAGCAGGUCGAAGAUAGCCAGUCAACGUCUCAAGAAACGGCCUCGCCUAUUCCAACCGUGCGACGGUCAUCUAGACGAAAUGCUGGACAAAAGGGCAAGGAGCUACGAAACCGAGAGGUCCAGGCGUCGCCUACCAAAAGGUCUACACGCUCAUCUUCCCAAGCGCCCCAGACAACGUCAAAGCCGACCGAUGCACGUGAUGACGGUGACACCGAUGAGGAACUCAUGUCACAACUGGUGACAGAGUCCUUUGCAGCCUCGCUAAGCCAAGAGCCUGAGUUUCGGGUGCCUGAUGAAGUCAUUGAGGACUCUAUGGAAGUUCUACCAAAUGUUAGCGAAUCAGGUGAAGAGGUCCAGGAGGAUCAGCCACAAGCAGAAGAGGAGGGUCAAGAAGUUGCCGAGCCAAAAGAAGAUGAGGAUGAAGAAGAAACACCAGUACCACACAAGACAAGGUCAAUCAUGGACACUCUUCGUGGUGGAUUACAGCAAUUGCAGGCGGCAGCACUUAGCCGCGACGAGGUUUACCAGCUAGAAGACAUGCUUAUGGAUAUGAAGAGGGAGCUCUUCGAAGCAGAACGACGAGGAAGGCAUUGAUUAGGAAAUGAAUUUAAGACGGGAAGCAUUGUCAUCGGCGCGUUGGGGUUUUUAUUCUUGGGAACUGCUUAUAAUACAAUACCUCCAUCCAUGUACAGAGUUGCCUGAUUAGCCUGUCGCUUAUCUCAUUAAAAGCAUUGCAUGGAUAUCUGUACAUUUACAUAUUCUGUAGAAAGGAAACAAUCAAAGAAAUGAUGAG